AUUGAAGAGCUCAUUACUACCGUGCUGUCCGUGCAUACAAAGAGGUCUAGAGCUCAUUACAAACUACGUCUUCUAUACAGCUCGAUAAACCUUGGGUUGCACGUCGACAUAGGCAGUGAGGCGUCCUCCUCAGCGGUUAACUUAGCCACUCUAGUCUCUAGACGGCUGUGCGUAUCCUACAGGAUGAUGCAACUAAGGCGGAGUACUGACCACUCGACCUGCAUGAUGGCGACAUUGCUGACAUCUGCAAUAAUUUUGCACUAUGCGCAUCUGCUGCCACCCUUGUUUGUCGUAUUACCGUGUGCAUGCGCGCAGUCCGAGACAUCGUCAACAGUGAGUAGCGAUGGAGGUUCCACCACGGUGACCGUCUCAGGGGUGGGUUCUGCAGAAGGCGGCUCAUCUUCUUCGUCCGCCACUGCAGGCCAGGCGUCAAGCGGUGGAGAUACUGGCAGUGCCAGUGGUGGUGCUGGUGGCAGUGAUGGGGCCGGUACUACGGCUGCGGGAAGCUCGGUCGGGACGUCAGCCACAACGGGAGAUGGUGGCGCGAGCACCACCUCGACGACGACAGGAGCAGGGGCUGCAGCGACUCCUGGACAGUCCACGGGAGGGGCGGCAGGGUCGGACCUGUCAUCAGGGUCUUCCUCUCAAGUAGGAGUAGGAGGAGAGAGUGGGGGGUUGCCAGCUUCUAGCGGCACAGCUGGAGUUUCUCUUCCUGGCUCGAACGAAGGGUCAAUCGGCGAAGGUCAGGCCUCAGCUGAUCAACCUAGCACGUUCACGGCAGUCGGGGCCGCAAGUGACAGAGGAGCAGGGGCAUCACCUCAGACUACAACCAGUACUGCCGCAGGUGAGCAGCCUCAGACGGGGGCUACCAUCGACUCCACUGUUACAUCUUCGAAUCCAGUUCCGUCAACGACUACGACAACGUCAGCCGUGAAUGCUGGUACACAGCAGGCCGAGAAGGGGGCAGUGAAAGCGGACGGUGCACGACCGUCCUCAACAGCUGGUGUCGUASCAACCACCGAGAGCGUGGAGAAGAACGCCGCGACUGCUCGCCAGCCCACGACGCCUGCGCUGAAGAAUCCCGCUGCUGAGCAACCUGACAUGGCCGAGAAUCUAGAAGACGCGGCAGGAACCACUACGGGUAGACCGAAGCCAACUUCUCCUACUCAGCCUGAACUGAAGGAUGAAGUAGAGAAAACUGCCGCUCCUGCACUCCCUUCCGCUCAUUCCGCGAUGCCCUCUCGUCCAGCCAAUGCACCGAAGAGUGUCGUCCCACCGACGGUUCCUACUAGCAGCAGCAUGCGGGCAAGGGGUGUUCCACCGACGUCAUCGCCAGCAACUCGACCAGCACAAAUUGCGGCAGCGGAAAGAGCACAGUCGGAUACCGGGGCCCAGACUUCAGAUAACCCGUCGUCGUCCGGCUCCACCAGCGGAAGAAGCCCUUCCAAUCAUGUCAAACUCCUAUCCUUCGUCAUUAUCUUGUUGUGGCCGAGUUUCGUUGUCGUGGCCGCCCGCAUAUAAGAUAGAAAUCAGAGUGAAGCGGGGUCGUCACUCGUACGUGUCUCAUAGCAAUAAUGGAGCGUUCGUUUACGUCUGGGACAGACAUGGAAGGGUUGAUUGUGGAGCGGAGUAAUCAGGCGUACUCUCUCACGAAGAGGGAAUAGAAGGAGGUCCGCCAAAGCCUCGAACAGACAUAGACAAAUAUGGUGACCCACAACAGUGAGACCCGAAAAGAAUGGUUUGUGAAAGGUAGAAAAUAAAAAAUAAAUGGUUGACAAACAUUCAAGUUGAUUAAACUAUUGAGAUUUCUAUGAUGUAGGAUAUGUCGUGAAGAUUAAUGCUAGUUAAGUAGCGUAAGAAUCAUGUGUGUAAUACCUUUCUCGGCCUUUUUGCUAAGAUCAAGUGUAGUAUCUGUUCUGAUCAGCUUAAUAUCUGAUCCUUAAAAAAAAAAAAAGAAAAAAAAAGAAGAACUCAUGUGUAACGCCGUUUUCCCCAUGUC